GCGGGGCCGGAGCGGAGGCGGGGCCUGAGUGCGCUUGCGCAGUGCGCUCUACUCCUGGCGGCCCAGGCAACGCGCCGGAGGGAAGAUGGAAGACUUUCAGGCUGCAGAGGAGACUGCUUUUGUUGUUGAUGAAGUGAGCAACAUUGUGAAAGAGGCGAUAGAAAGUGCAAUUGGGGGCAACGCCUACCAGCAUAGCAAAGUGAAUCAGUGGACCACAAAUGUAGUGGAACAAACUUUAAGCCAACUCACGAAACUUGGAAAACCAUUUAAAUACAUUGUGACCUGUGUAAUCAUGCAGAAGAAUGGCGCGGGCUUACACACAGCCAGUUCUUGCUUCUGGGACAGCUCGACUGACGGGAGCUGCACCGUGCGGUGGGAGAACAAGACCAUGUACUGCAUCGUCAACACCUUCGGACUGUCCAUCUGACGUCCAUCUGCCCAGGACCGUCGUCCUCCUGCCGAACUGCUCAUCCAUCUUCUAACCACCAGCUGUGUAUUCAGGGAACACCUUUCUCUUCAGUGUGUUUUUUGCGGCAGGCUACAAGUAGGAAAAAACGAGACGGCUGCACUGUUGUAUGAACUGCGCCCCCUAAGUCAGAGGCGCACACCUCCACUUGUCUUAACUCGGAAUAGCUCUUUUCAGAGGUGCUCAAAACUGAAAUUCACGAGUGUGAAACUUUCUCUACUCUCUGAAAUGAUUGAAAUACACUGAUUUUCCAUACUUUAACUUUGUACUUUGAUUAGAGUAAUAAAUUAUUCCGACCUAAA